GAAAGAAGCUAGAGAACUUUCAAGGCAGAAAAAAAUGUUUGAAGGAAUUUAACUUUGAUGCCGGCGCUAUAAACAUUUAAACUGGAAUGGAGACUUGUCCAGCAAAUGGAGACACUUCAAAUACGUCUGUAAUACAAUCAGGAACAUUGAAAACACACUACGUGCUCGUUAUCUUAGGAUCAUCAAGAGUUGGGAAGACAGCCAUCGUACAACAGUUCCUCUAUGACACUUUUCCUGAUGUCUACAAGGCCACUGUUGAAGAGUUCCAUCGAAGUGAGUACAAAUUGAAGGAUUUUGUCUUAACCCUCGAUAUUCUCGACACCAGUGGAAGUUACGAGUUUCCGGCGAUGAAGAGAUUAGCCAUAAACAUGGGUGAUGCUUUUGUUCUGGUUUAUUCUAUAGACGAUGCCCAGUCUUUCGAAGACGUGUGCAGGGAGCGAGAGUACGUUCAGCAAGCAAGGUCGCUAGAUGUCCCCAUUGUCGUCGUGGGUAACAAGUGCGACCGCGAAGACCACAGGGAGGUCGGGAAAGAGUUGACCGAGAGCGUGGUAACGAUGGAUUGGGAGAAUGGAUUCGUUGAAGCCUCGGCUAAGACUAAGAUGAAUAUUUUCGAAAUUUUUAACGAGCUAUUGGCCCAAGCUCGUGCCCCGAGUGAACUUUCUGUCUGUUUAGAACGUAGAAGGCAGUCUCUUCCAAUCUUCAGUGUGGCACCGAAGGUGAAAUAUGAUUUGGACCUAAAGCGCCACAGUUGUGUGAUUUCAUAAAUUACC